GUGUGCCUGCAGUGCAUGAGGUGUGCUGUGCUGCUGCUGUGCUGCCCUGCACAGCUGGUGUUUGCUGCAGUUGUCAGGAGAAGAAUUGCCAUUUUGGGAAGGAAGAAACAGAAGCUUGCCAAAGAGAGAGCAGGACUUUCCAAGUUGCCUGAUCUGAAAGAUGCUGAAGCAGUUCAGAAGUUUUUCCUUGAGGAGAUUCAGCUUGGAGAGGAAUUACUAGCUCAAGGUGAAUAUGAAAAAGGCGUUGAUCACUUGACCAAUGCCAUUGCUGUGUGUGGGCAGCCGCAGCAGCUACUACAAGUUCUACAGCAGACUCUUCCACCACCAGUGUUUCAAAUGCUUCUAACUAAGCUCCCUACAAUAAGUCAGAGAAUUGUAAAUGCACAGUGCUUGGCUGAAGAUGAUGUUGAAUGAGGUCACACCACAACAGGGGGAAAAAAGUUUUCUUACCCCAGAAGAUGAGCAUCAGUAGGGGGAUAAAGGGGCAAACAUAGUAGUUAAUGGACUGUGUACCACAUCGGGUUCUACCAGAGUUAAAAUUAACUUUGUGUAGGUGGGUUUCGCAGGAUUUUAUUUAUUAUCCCAGUGAAAAGUGUAUUUUGAUAAGAAUUCAUUUUAUAAAUACACUGUGUUGAGUUAUCAAAGUAUCACUAACUUCAUUAUUAUUAAAAUACGCAGUUGUAAUGUUGUACAUAUACAGACAUAAAACUACGACCUAUUAAAAACCCAGUGCUCAUUUUUGAAAAAACGAAGUUAUGGCAAUAAAGAUUUAUCUGCACUUGUGUGUCCCUACAGUACUACUUUAAAAUCCAGAAUAUUUGGGUGUCAGAGCAAAUGAUCUAAAAAUGACAACAUUAAAAUUUAUUUUUAAUGUUA